GUGAAGCAGGACUUCCUGGCAGUCCAGGAAAAGAUGGUGCAAAUGGAGAGAAAGGAGAACGAGGAGCCAAUGGGACUGUUGAAGAGAAGGGGAACAAAGGAGAUAAAGGAGAAAGAGGACAACCUGGGAAACUGGGACCAAAAGGAAUUAUGGGGUCAGUGGGUUACAAAGGUCAGAAGGGAGAGCUGGGACUGCAAGGACAAAAGGGGUUAAAAGGAGACAUUGGGCCCAUAGGUCCAAAAGGGACAAAGGGUGAAAUGGGCCAUCCCGGAAGAGUUGGUUACCCAGGGCCAAUUGGCCUGACUGGUAAUCCAGGUCCUAAAGGUAAUACUGGAGAUCUGGGGCCACAGGGUAAUCCAGGAGUUCAGGGGGAAAGAGGCUUGAAAGGAGACAGAGGAGAUAAGGGGAACGUAGGUCCCCCAGCAGUCCUGCCAAGGAGUGCUUUCAGUGUCGGCCUUACAACCACCACCAAAUUCCCCGCCCCGAAUCGCCCGAUCAAGUUUGACAAGGUGCUGUAUAAUAGCUUAAAUGACUACAACUCAGUUACUGGCAAAUUCACCUGCAAAUACCCCGGCGUUUACUAUUUCACCUACCACAUCACUGUCUACUCGAGGAACGUCCGAGUGGCUCUAGUUAAAAAUGGCAUCAAAAUGCUGCACACGGUGGACAGGUACCAGAGUGGAGAGGACCAGGCCUCAGGAGCUGCCAUCCUCGAGCUGCAGGGAGGAGAUGAGGUGUGGCUGCAGGCUCACCAAGGAGAGACUUUCAAUGGGUUGUUUGCAGAUGCUGAUGAUGAUACCACCUUCUCUGGGUUCCUCCUGUUCAGCACCUCCGACCCGCCGGGAGCCGCUGCCGUCGCCUGCCACCUAAUUCCACAUUAUCUGUGA